ACUACUUGUCAGUCAGUUGCCGAGUGGUCAGUGUUCCUGAAUAGUGAAUCGUGAAUCUUGCAUUUUCAUUUCGCACUUUUCGCGGUGCUUUGCUAAUUGCUUUGCUUAAUAAUUGCGUACUAAGUACUAAUACAGAUACAGAAAUAGAAGUGAAACGUGCUCUCUUUGUAAUAUGUUUGCAUAUUAUGAUUUUCUAUUGCUGUUAUUCAAUUUUUAACGUAUAUUUUAAUAGUAUUGUGUACAAAAUUCGAAAUAUUCCAAAAUGUCCUUACUACCACCCGAAGCCCUAGAAAAGCUCACCUGUUCCAAUUGCCUUCAAUACCCAUCGGCACUUCCAGUAAAAGUGUACCCUAAUAAAUCUGUCAAGUGUGGAAGAUGUUGCAGAGAUGGAGAUGGUGGUACGGUGUCUGUACUCUAUGAGCUUUUGGCCAGAAAAUGCAAGUUUCCUUGUAUCAACAGGUUUGAGGGAUGUAGGGAACAACUGAGUAUUGAUGAAGCACUGGAACAUGAGCAAAACUUCUGUUCGGCUAUGGGUACUAAGUGUCCAUUUUGUUCCACGAAUUUGGAUUCAACGUGUCACUUGUUGCUUCAUCUGAGGAAGGAACACAAAAGUGCUGGUUUGGAAAAGCCAGCAUUUUGGAUAGAUUUGUCACUAUGGGAUCAGCAAGAGAUAUUUUUUUACUGUGAAGACGACUUGUUGAUUAACGUCGGGUAUAAAUAUACCAUGACUAAAAACGAAUUAAUGUUGUAUUUGAAUAUUAAUGGGAAAAUUCAUAGAAAUCAGACGAAUCUAAAUCACAAAUUUAAGUUAUAUUUCUGGCAAAAUGAAACUCCGUUUGAAACAGCCAACAUUGCAAGCGUUCACAGUGAUCUGUCAGACGCAAGAGGCUUUAAAGUGGAUCUUACCAAUCAUAAAAAUUCAAAGAAUAUUAUUUUUUGCAUGUUUGAGCUAUGGGAUUCAACCGAUACACUGAAUAUUGCCAACAUACCUCAAACUAUUGAUGGUGCAGCCUCCGAAGCAAUACUCAGAUUUGAAUUUCAUCGAUUUAAUAUGCUUAGGCCAAACUUCAUGUACUACUCUGACUUUGAUUAUUGGGUUGGAAAAAGGCUUUGGAUGGUAGCCAUUGAAAUAUCUUCUGACAAUUUAGGUAUUUACUUGUGCCAAGGGUUGAAAAGUUGCCAGGAAGGGCCUUGUAAGAUAAUUGCCGAUGUUGCAUUAAUUUCUUCAAAAAACGAGGAAUUAAAUGUAGUUCAUAACAUGACCAAAAAUAAUUUCAAAAUAUCCGCUGGAUGGAAGAACUUCUUGAAUUUGAACGUUUUAAGAGAUGGACAAAAUGGAUUUAUGACGGAUAAUUGUAUCAAAAUUGAAGUGUCUAUUAAGGUAUUGCCACCUGAAGUGGACAAAGACGAAGAAAAAAAUGAUUGUCCAAAUUGUCGCUAAGAGCAGUUUUGGACUUUGUAUUAUGCCUCUCACUCAUCAUUAUUAUGUUGUGUCCUCUCUAUUAGAAGAGCCAGUGACAAUUUUUUCACCUCUGGCCUCUUGGAAAAAACUUGUUUUUGUUCUGUUCUUUGUAUUAUAAUGUUUCUUAGGUUUCGUAUGGUUUUGUUAAUGAUAAUCAUUUAUUGAGUGUAGGUACCUUCAUCUGUUAUACAUGGAUUUUUGUUUUCUUGGUAAUAGGUACCUAUCAUAACUGGAUGUAUACAGACAAAUACCAUAAGAGCCUACCUUUGUUUUGUGUUUUUUUUUAUUAUAGUUUUCUAACCUUUUGUGUUAUGAAGUUUGAUUUUUGUGGAUUGUAAAUUUGAAAUAUGGAAAAGUGUUUGAGAGAAAUGAUUGUUGAAGGCGUCUCCCUCAUGAAUUCGUAUUGGUCAUCCGUAAUGAUCCGUAUUUCUUAUUUUUAUAUUAUUUGCUAUAUACUUAAAAGCAGUUAUAUUUUUUUGUUUUGUGUUAUUAUUAUUAUUUUUUUAUCUUAUUCUUAUCUUAUGUGAUUUGAUGCAUAAAUCCAGCUCUAGUAGUUUAUAGACGUUUUGUAUUAUUUAAGCAAUUAACAAUGAAGUUUCUUCUGUUUCUCUUUUUGUGUUAGUUUUUUUUACUUUUUGUAAUAUUAGCAAUAAACGUUUAUUUUGUUUGUGUUUAUUAAAUAAAAAUUUGUUCGAAACAUCUAAUAUUUAUUGUAAUUUAUCCUAAAU